AUGUCAUCUUGUGUCUCCAUGCCGCCUUCCGAUCAUGCCCUCGUCGAUAUCCAAAGUACAUACGGGGCUCUCUUCCUCGGCGUUGUCGUUUCUGUGUCUUUCCUCGGGAUCGUGACUGUGCAGACUUGGAUUUACUGGCUGAAUUACCCUGACGAUCAUCUCCGUACGAAGGCGACAGUCUUUAUAAUAUGGAUCCUCGAAAUUAUCAGAUCAACGUUCGGUAUUCAUGCCGUUUAUCAUUACCUUGUACUUCAGUGGGAAAACACAGCCGCGCUAGAAGCAUCUAUAUGGAGCGUUGAUAUCAAUUUACUCAUCACGGCAUUGAUCCAAGUAACCGUCCAUUGGUAUUUUGCAUAUCGAGUCAAAAUCCUGAGCAGAGGCAACUGGAUUCUAGUCUCGGUCAUUGUUUUAGAGCGUGCUGGCUUUUGGAAAUUUCACUACUUAUGGUUCGACACUCGUCUCACAUUCUCUUUUCCGCCUGAUAACACCAGCAUCGCUGCCGAGACGUUCGCCAAGAUCCAAGGCAAAACCUUUCCAGGCAUGCUUCGAGCUAAUCAUAGCUCUCAGGACUUCUCCACCGCUGCAUUGGCAUCAGCUAUUGUUACAGAUAUAUGCAUCGCAUUCUCGUUGAUCUACUAUUUAAAUCAGAUCAACCACGAACUUUCUGGACUGAGAGCCCAGGCUAAUCAUCUCAUAUUCUAUGCGAUCAACAUCGGGGUCAUUACAAGUGCGGCAGAUAUCGUUGUGCUUAGCUCGAUCAAGGGUCAAGGCCUGUGGUAUUUUGCGAUCUAUGAGAUAGUAGGUGGUUUCUAUGCAAAUUCUCUCCUCGCAAGUUUGAAUGCCAGGAAGAGCAUCCGGGAUUAUGAUCCCCGCAACGAUAUUCAUAUGUCGACACUCCGAGUGGCUCCACCUCCACAGACAGAGCUUGAGCCCAAUGCAAUUAGUUUCUCCCAGAUGGUGACAAAGAGUACUGCCAGUAGCGGAAAAAAUAUGCCCGAAAUCUUCUCUGUGGCCUGA